GCCCACGUGACGCUCUGAACCCAGUCCAGCCCAUCUCUGUCCCGCGCCUGCCCUUGGCGGCGGAACCAGUGGCACGCGCCCCACCCGAGCGCACCUCGGAAAUCACAGUGUGGGGAGACAAUGUUGUUCAGCUGGUGGCGUGGCGUGAGAACCGAAGCAAACAAAACGAAGGGGCAAAACCUCAAAAUCUCAAAAAAGCACAAACCACUAGACAUGGCCCAACCUAGAAGGUAGACGGACCUCAACGGCAUCAUCGGUACAUCUGGCCAAUCUAGCCGCAUCGGCAAACUCUCAUCACCAACCAUUAUUGCUAGGCAGACAACCAAAAAAAAAAAAAACCAAACAGGGACCGCGCAAACAAGAACAGCCACCAACAAAAAAAAUGGAUGGCCCUCCACGGCGCCCGCGCCAGGCCGUUCACCGCUUCUCACUCGGGCAGCUCGUCGCAGUCCCCAUCCUGCUCGCCAUCCUCACCGCUGCGACCAUGUUCCUCUACAGCGACACGAACAUGUACAUGCUGCUCAGCCAAUGCCACGCGCGAUCGCGCAUACGCUGGCUGUCACGCGUCCCGGUAAUCGGGGUCCCACUAUGCUUUCUCACGAGCUUCUUCGUGGAGGCGUUGGGGGCGCCGGCGCGAUCACCGGGCGCGCUGGGCGCGGUGCUGAGCUUUGUCGGCGCGCUGCUGACGGCAGCCACCGUCGAGGCCGCGCGCAUCUGCAACGCGCCCAGCGUGCUGAUUGCGAACCCGACAGGGCCGUGGCUCGUGUUUAAUCUUGUCGGCGGGGCCGUCGUGUGGCAGCUGGUCAUCCUGCCGGCGUUCUUGCACCGCAGCAGAGAGAUUAUCGAGGCGCGCGGCCGACAGGGGUACAGGCCCGCGGCGGCGGAGCCGGCCGGGCCGGAGGAUCCAACGCUUGGCGAGGCGCAUCGGCAUCUGGCGAGGGUGGCCGAGGUGGUUGCGAUUCCCGUGGCAGUGACCGUGGGGUACGUGGUGCCGUCGGUGGUGAUGGUGGUGCUGGACGAGCCCGUGUCGGCGUUUGUGUGGCUGUUUUUCCCUGUUUAUGUGUCGCUGGUGCGGCAGGCGGUGCGCAAGGCCGUGGUGGUGCUGCUGCGCGACGAGUGGUGGCGCGCUAGCUUCCACCUCGAGUCUAGCAGGCUGGCGCUGGCGGGCGUGUAUGCGGUUCCGAUCGUGUGCUCGGUGCUGUCGCAGGGGCUGCUGGUAUGGAGCCUGCUGCAGCCCGACGACCGCAAGGAGAUGACGCGCUCGACGAUCCGCUUCAUCGUCAUCGACGCCUUCUUCAUCGGGCUGACAGUGCUAUAUUGGGUCUUGGUUGAGGCCGGGUGGCGGGUGGCGCUGGUCAUGGCUGGCACUUCGGUCGUGCUGGGGCCCGGCGCCGGGGUCUGCAUCGGGUGGAUCUACCGGGAGCGCGCCGUCGAUCUGGACCGGACCGUGACGGUUGUAGCCGUAGGUGCGCAGAGUAGCAGGAGGUUCGGCAGUCCCUCGGAAGAGACGCCGCUCCUGCGGUGAAAACGCUGAUUAUUGUCUUGUCUUGUACAUAUACAUCUAUCUUGUUGACCCUAGCGAACAGACGAGCAUCACCACUAGGCACAAUUAAUUGUAAUUAUCGUCAUUGCACUGG